GAACCAAUUGUUUUCAGAAGUCUCAUGUCUCACGGGGCCAAAUGCAUUUGUCAAAUUUGCACAUGCGGGCGUCACAAGUGUCCACACGAUAGGAACGCAAGUAGUUUUCAAUUAGGAGAUGGAAAGACUGGCUUGAGUCAGGAAAAAUCAAUUACUCAGACUUCCUUCGAAUCAUCAAGCUAUCAUCAAAAAUCACAACGCACAACACCAACACGUCAUUACUCAACAAUCUCAUCCUUAUUCACAGAGGAAAAUAACACCGGAACUGGUGGAACUCAAACAAGAAAUAUAAAAUCAUCAGAGUAUCGAGCAAAGACACAAAAUGGAGAGCAAAGUGUGGCAGAGACAAGGUCAACACAGAGAGAAACUGUUCAACUACCACCAAUAUUGAAAGCCGACAAUGGUCGAGCAACAUCUCAGUCUGGAAGAGAACGAAAUAGUCGGAGUUCGAUUCAACAAGCUUUACGGCAGCACAGCGAAGAACGUGCAAACUCUGCAGAAUCGAAACGGCAAUCGACUUUAACGGGUGCAAAGAAAACUGUGAGCAUUAACGAACAAAUUACUGGAUAUCAAAAAACACAUCGAAAUUCAAGUCAAGUAUUCGAAGCGAGGAGGCUUCAUCAGAUAGCCGAGUUGAAAGAUAACAGUAACAGUGGCACAUCAAUUGAUAAUGCAAAAGUGCAAACGCGUGCCGAGAAAAAUGGAACAAACAACCAACAACACAAAUUAAUCGAAGUGAAUGUCAAUCGAAACUACUCCCCCAGGAAUAACAGUCAAAUUAACGAACUGUUUAAAGAAUCUGGAGCAGAUCGAGCAACAUCGUCAAAGAAUACAAGCAAUAAAACUCCGCAGGACAAUAUUAAUUCACCAAAGUAUUCAAAAAAACAAGCAGUCAAGGCGCACGACAGACACAGCGCCACUCACAGAGAAAUACAUGGGAAACAAAAUAUGGCACAUACAACUCAAAACCAAGAAGACUUUAUUUAUCGGAAAGCUGAACAUACCCAGAUUAGACAUCCUUCGGAUCAUCACAUAUUGUAUUCCCAGCAAUCAAGAACAUCCACCAACAAAACUGAUCAACAAAGUAAAACUCAGAAUCAAGAAGAUUACACUCAUAUCAGUGGAGAGCGGUAUGCCAAGAAGGUUCCAUCUGACAAUAAGAUCCUGCAAGGAGCUGGUCAACAGUUCGAAGCAAGAACUCAGAAUCAAGAAGACUUCACUCACAUCAGUGGAGAGAGGUAUGCCCAGAAGGUUCCAUCUGACAAUAAGAUUCUGCAAGGGGAUGGUCAACAUUUCGAAGCAAAGACACAGAACCAAGAAGACUUCACUCACAUCAGUGGAGAACGGUAUGCCAAGAAGGUUCCAUCUGACAAUAAGAUCCUGCAAGGAGAUGGUCAACAGUUCGAAGCAAGAACUCAGAAUCAAGAAGACUUCACUCACAUCAGUGGAGAACGGUAUGCCAAGAAGGUUCCAUCUGACAAUAAGAUCCUGCAAGGAGAUGGUCAACAGUUCGAAGCAAGAACUCAGAAUCAAGAAGACUUCACUCACAUCAGUGGAGAACGGUAUGCCAAGAAGGUUCCAUCUGACAAUAAGAUCCUGCAAGGAGAUGGUCAACAGUUCGAAGCAAGAACUCAGAAUCAAGAAGACUUCACUCACAUCAGUGGAGAACGGUAUGCCAAGAAGGUUCCAUCUGACAAUAAGAUCCUGCAAGGGGAUGGUCAACAUUUCGAAGCAAAGACACAGAAUCAAGAAGACUUCACUCACAUCAGUGGAGAACGGUAUGCCAAGAAGGUUCCAUCUGACAAUAAGAUCCUGCAAGGAGAUGGUCAACAUUUCGAAGCAAGAACUCAGAAUCAAGAAGACUUCACUCACAUCAGUGGAGAACGGUAUGCCAAGAAGGUUCCAUCUGACAAUAAGAUUCUGCAAGGGGAUGGUCAACAUUUCGAAGCAAGAACUCAGAAUCAAGAAGACUUCACUCACAUCAGUGGAGAACGGUAUGCCAAGAAGGUUCCAUCUGACAAUAAGAUCCUGCAAGGAGAUGGUCAACAGUUCGAAGCAAGAACUCAGAAUCAAGAAGACUUCACUCACAUCAGUGGAGAACGGUAUGCCAAGAAGGUUCCAUCUGACAAUAAGAUCCUGCAAGGAGAUGGUCAACAGUUCGAAGCAAGAACUCAGAAUCAAGAAGACUUCACUCACAUCAGUGGAGAACGGUAUGCCAAGAAGGUUCCAUCUGACAAUAAGAUUCUGCAAGGGGAUGGUCAACAUUUCGAAGCAAGAACUCAGAAUCAAGAAGACUUCACUCACAUCAGUGGAGAACGGUAUGCCAAGAAGGUUCCAUCUGACAAUAAGAUCCUGCAAGGAGAUGGUCAACAGUUCGAAGCAAGAACUCAGAAUCAAGAAGACUUCACUCACAUCAGUGGAGAACGGUAUGCCAAGAAGGUUCCAUCUGACAAUAAGAUCCUGCAAGGAGAUGGUCAACAGUUCGAAGCAAGAACUCAGAACCAAGAAGACUUCACUCACAUCAGUGGAGAACGGUAUGCCAAGAAGGUUCCAUCUGACAAUAAGAUCCUGCAAGGAGAUGGUCAACAGUUCGAAGCAAGAACUCAGAAUCAAGAAGACUUCACUCACAUCAGUGGAGAACGGUAUGCCAAGAAGGUUCCAUCUGACAAUAAGAUCCUGCAAGGAGAUGGUCAACAGUUCGAAGCAAGAACUCAGAAUCAAGAAGACUUCACUCACAUCAGUGGAGAACGGUAUGCCAAGAAGGUUCCAUCUGACAAUAAGAUCCUGCAAGGAGAUGGUCAACAGUUCGAAGCAAGAACUCAGAAUCAAGAAGACUUCACUCACAUCAGUGGAGAACGGUAUGCCAAGAAGGUUCCAUCUGACAAUAAGAUCCUGCAAGGAGAUGGUCAACAGUUCGAAGCAAGAACUCAGAAUCAAGAAGACUUCACUCACAUCAGUGGAGAACGGUAUGCCAAGAAGGUUCCAUCUGACAACAAGAUCCUGCAAGGAGAUGGUCAACAUUUCGAAGCAAAGACACAGAACCAAGAAGACUUCACUCACAUCAGUGGAGAGAGGUAUGCCAAGAAGGUUCCAUCUGACAAUAAGAUCCUGCAAGGAGAUGGUCAACAUUUCGAAGCAAAGACACAGAACCAAGAAGACUUUAUACAUAGAAGAAACGAGAGAGUGAUUAGAUCAGUUCCUAUUCAACACAAAAUUUUAUCAUCGGAGGGCCGUAAAUUUGAUGCCAAAACUGUGCACCAAGAAGAGUUUGUUGAUUUGACAAGUGAUAUCGUGGCACAGAGCGGAAUAAUCUUGAAAGCAAAACGAGACAGCAGCUCAGUUGCUCAAAGUCGAUCACAUAUCUAUGAGACUUCCAAUUUUAUGGAAGAAUCCGAAUCCGGUUUCGAGGGAUACAGCAUUUCUUCCGGUUCAAGACUGACAACAUCUCAUCACGCAGGGUACCUGACUCAAAACGCUGGUAGUAGCUACGACAUUGAUUACCAAUACCGUCCAGUUCCAUGUAUUGCUGGUGAACUCCUAGAAUCUGUCAAGCGAAAUCAUGCAAAUACCGAACAUUACAAUUACAAUGCUUGUGACAGUGGUCACCACUUCUACAAGGAAAAGGCAAUACUGGAAGAGGAAGAGACGCAAGAAUCCGAGAGUUCUGUUAUCAAAAAAUAAAUCAAAGUAUGCAUGUAUUAUGCUUGUGUUUUUUAUUUAAAAUUUGUAUAGUUUUUCUUUCAAUUGUUUGUAAUAAACUUAUAUGAAAAAAUUGUCAGUUGUAAUUUUCACAUAAUAUUUCUACUGCAAGAUUCAGUCUUGUUGAUUAUCACUUGUCUCGACGUUUUCUAUUUUUAUCUAUUUUUAUUUGUGGUUCUUUUACUCAGCAACACUCUAACAUCCUGCUGCCCUCAAAAUGUGCAGUUAUAUCACCUUUUUUAUCUCUCACCUAAUCGCGUGUAUUUUGGGAUAUUAAAGAUGCAAUUUUUUUUCAGGAAUUGUUUUUUUCACCGACACACUGCUAGAACAAAAAUAAAUAAAACACGUUUUCUUAUG